CCUGCUGAAGAUGCUCACAGUUUCUGGUAAAGGAGUUAGGGGACUUUUCUCUUCACAAUGACCAUUUGGGUCAUUCAGUGGCUGGAAAAGACAACCAAACAUAUUUGUUCAUAUUUACAAAAAACUCUAAAACUACUGCGGCUUAGCUAGAGGCUCAGCUCGUUCACCCCCAGUGGGGCCUCUUUAAUAUAAUAAUCAGGCUGAUUAGGUAGAAAAUAUGAACGUCUGUAAGCAGCAUGGCUGACAUGUUCCAAAGUGCUGAACAAUAAAAACAUGUAAACAACAAAUAAUUAAUACAGUGACAACAACAUUAUAAAAGUCACAGUAAAAACCAACCAAUUCAAUCAAAGGCCAGAGAAAAGGUGAGUCUUCGGGCAAGAUUUAAACACAAGAAGAGUCAGUUUGUUUCACAUUUGUAGGCAGCUCAUUCCUCAACCUGGGACACAAAACAAACAGUGUUGACAACUGUGAAAGUUCCAACAUGUCUGUGCUCAUGGUGACCUCUGACCUUUAACACUGUUAACAGGCAUUACAGGGAAAGAAAAUGGUAAUAUUUACUCGGUACAAUUGUCAGUAACGCGGUAAUUACAAUGCAUUUUUAAACCCAGAAUCAAGAUGUGUUCCUUGAAAAUUCAAAUUGCGGGAAACCCGAAGAAAGAUCCAGUAUCCACAUAUAUGACGUCAUUUAUGGACUCAGCUUUGCGGGCAGAGAGGACGCCGCGAUAACGGCUCAACUACUCCAGCUGCGUCCUGCACGCGGCCGCUGCAACAUUCACAAAAUCACUCCACUAAAACAAAAUAAUUCACUUGCGAUCGUUCAUAUCAGUGCAUAUUCUCUGGUAUUUUGUGCUUUUCUGACGUGCUUUGCCUCAGCUGAGUUCAUAAUCUGUGCCCCGGUGAUUACUGCUGGAGUGCCGCGCAUGUGAAGAUCCCUUUGGCUGAUAGUUAGAAAGUAGGAAGUAUAGGAAACAGUUUUUUCUGGAAGACGGAGAAAACAUGCAGCAUGCAGGAAGGUUAGAGUGAGAAAGGGCAGGAAAUUAUUCAAAUAAAAUCAAGAAAAAAAAGAAAAAAGUAGGUAGAUUUAUCCCCAAUACACAUUUUUACCAGUGAAAAGCAAUAAUAUAUAAGCAUUUAAUAUUUAUACUAGUGAUAGAAUCAGAUCACCCCAGAGGUCAGUCCCACAUCCAGGGCCGUAUCAAGGCAUUUGGGGACCAAGGCAAAUAUAGGCUUGGAGCCCCCACCACCUCACUCCCUGCUCAGAUGGCCCUAUAGAUGGCAGCGCACUGAGAGUACAGAUUGUUUUUGCUUUUAUUUAAUAAACAAUCAUUUUAAAGCACUGUUAUUAUAUCUGACUGUUUUUAACAGCAAUCCUAGCUCAGACACCACAUCACCUUCCACAUAUAUGUCAUGAGCUCACUGAGCGUCACAUGACCAGAUUCAUAUUGAAAUUAUUUUGGUGAAAGUAACUUAAAGUAAUGAAAAAGUAGUGUAAUGCCUUACAUUUUAAAAUCAGUAAUAUUGUAAUGUAAUGAAUUACUUUAAAAUGAGGGUAACAAGUAAUAAAUAAUGCAUUGCAAUGCAUUGCAAUGCAUUUUGAAGUAACUUGCCCAACUUGCAAUGCAUUUUGAAGUAACUUGCCCAACACUGCUAACUUCUCUUUUACACACUGAUGGAAGCUGCAGCUUCUGUGCUGAACAACAUCUCCAAUAUAUCCUCUUAGAUGUUGUUAUGAGUGGAGGUAUCAGUGAGCUAGCACCAGCAGGCUGUGUUCAUGAAGUUGCUGCAUUCCACUGCAUUGCAUGUAGUACUAUACUGUUCCACUAGGGGCAAACUAGAUCACUCAGCCCAGAUAGAGAGCUGGGUUUGUGGGUACAACCAAAACAAACAUGGUGUCAAGACAUCAGUAGCUGGUUAAUUUUGAGAUCACGGCAGAAAAAGUUGUCGUCUCAGCUGCUGGACGACUGGGGCAUGGAGGACAACGACCACGUCUUCACUGAGGACGACUACCGCUCUCUGACCAACUACAAAGCUUUCAGCCAGUUUGUCAGACCCCUCAUUGCAGCCAAGAACCCUAAGAUUGCCGUUUCUAAGAUGAUGAUGGUUCUGGGAGCCAAGUGGCGCGAGUUCAGCACCAACAACCCUCUGAGAGGUGCCGCUGCCACCAACGCCGCCCUGGCCACCGCCAACGUCUCUGCUGCUGUAGAGAACAUGGUGGCAUAGGUGGCCCCUGUAGCCAUGGCCCUGCUGCCCACCCUUGAGCCCGUGCAGACCCCUGCACCUCUCCUCCGCAAGGCCAAGACCAAGGAAGGCAAAGAACCCAAUGCUCGCAGAAGGUCCAAGCCUACCCCGAAGCCUCAAGAGAAGAAGAAUAACGCCAAAACAAAGAAGGUUGCACCUUUAAAAAUCAAACUCGGAGGCUUCAGCAGCAAGAGGAAACACUUGUCGAGCAAGGAGGACAAGCCGGACGUGGACAGCGACUUUGAGAACGGGAGCAUCAACAGCAUCUCGGUGUCGGAGAGCUCGAACAGUCGCAGAAGCCGCAGCAAGAAGAAGGCCCUGAAGAACAAACCCAAAAAGAAGAAAGAAGCAGAAGGUGGCGACGGGUACGAAACAGACCACCAGGCAGGGCCAGAUUAAGACUUCGUUGUACCCUGGCCAACAAUAUUCAAGGGCUUCAUCAUCACGACCCGAGGAUCACCAUAAUGUGGUCACAUACAGAAUAUUUUACUGUAAUAUGCAGUAAAUAUACUCAAUACUUGAAUGCCUGGCAUCACGUAACCCGCUCAGGGUAACCUUUGACCCACCUCGUGUGGACUGACCAAUGAGGAGAGGGUCUUAACUUGAGGCCCUCUCUUCAUUGGUCAGUCUGCAUGAGACUGACUCUCAACUGACGUUCAGUCAUAGGCAGCGAAGCGUCUCUGUGCAACGCAAAAGCCCGGGUGGACAGUUUGUUUAGUACAGGGUGACCAUAUUUCCAUUUCCAAACAAGAGGACAGGGGAUCUGUGCCUAUGAUGUCACACUAUGGCAACGCCACACAAACCAUGUUGGGACCCAUUUUUUGUAAGAACUAAAUUAAUAUCAGAUUCUACCAAUAAAAGGGCUCUAAAACAAUUCAUAUG